UUCAAUGUGUUUACCAUGUAUUUAAUCCCUGUACAUAUGUGAAUGUUACUUCUUGGAUUACAAAUAAUUUUUGGAUUGGAUGAAUAAAAAACUCAAAACCCAGUUUAAGUCUGGAUCAACUACAAAUUUGGAUCUUUUAAUCUUCUCACAAACUUCACCUGAUUUAAAAAUAUAAUAUACAGGCAUAUUUUGGCUAAGGGUGGAGGCUUUUACAUGGUCCUCCAAUCCAAUCAUUUUGUCACGUUUCUCCUAUUUCCAAAACAUUUUCUCACGUGAAGAGCCCCCCUUUUUUCCCCCACAAACUUGCUAUAGAUUGUAUAAACACUGUAGUGUAGACUGUACAUCUCAGUUAAAUCAUAUACACAAUUAUAUUGAGAUACAAAGUCUUGACUACACCAGGAGAGUCAUGCAUUUUAUAGUGUUUCAUAACACUCCAUUUAGCAGCACUGAUUCAAUAACCAUAUUAAGAUUGUAACUUUAAAUUCGCUUUAGAUAAAAAAACAUUUGCCUAAUGAAUUCAUUUUAAAAGGAACACUCAUCAUCAUGUAUAAUUUCCAUUAAUAAGAAAGUUUCUAUUUGAUUCAAUCUACUGGAAGACUAAAUAUAACUGCACUGUGCUGGCUCAAUACAAAAAAAAUCACUACAAAAGCCCUAAAAAUGUCAAUGUUUUAUGUCCACUGUAGUGUUACAAAUUGUCGUCAGUAACACUGUGCAUCACUGCCUCCAAGUGGCAAGAAUAUAUUACUGCCAAACGUCCUGAAGCUCUUUCUCGCAACACGGCUUGGAGACCUGUAAGCGUAUUUUAGCAAAGAAAAAACAUCAAUGUUAAUUGCACUAAAAACACCAUAAUAAAUACACACAGAAAGUGAGCAGUAAAAAAUAUAGAAUGCAAAUGACUGCUUUCUGGAUUUAAAAAAAAAGCUUUGUAACACUUAUGUUGUUUGUGUCACUGUUGCCCAGAAUAGCCAGGAUAUAGUUUACCUCACAGCAAAAACACUAACAUGACAGGAACUGUCAUAAAAAGUUAUUUUCUUGCAUCAGAAUUAGUUUACUCCUCGCAUAUGGUAUACGGACCAAUAAAGUUAUUAAAUCUUGUGACAUUCAUCCCCGGUCUCACCAAUGGCAUAACAUAAAUCUUUAACCAUUCAACGGUAGGCUACCAUAUAAAUAACUACAGCGAUUAUUUACGAAACAAUGAUUAUUUCUCAUAAAUGUCACAAACCGUUAAAAAGCGUUGUUAGUUGCUAUAGCCUCUCGAUUUUAACAUUGGUCUCUUAUAAUGUUCUAGCGCUUAACUUAUUUGAUUUCUACAUUUCUUGUGAACACUGCUGCCACUUACAGGUCAUAACAGGAAAAACAUCUAUCAUCAUGUGUGAUUGAAUGUGGUCAUUAGCCUCGUUCAUUAUGGCAAGUAGGGGUCCACUCUCUUGUGGAAAUUACCAGUGGUUUUAUUAUAGUACAAGAAUGUUUAUGGUGGGAUGAUAUAUUUCCGUAUAGCAGUUUCACUAGAAAUGGUCGUAAGGUUACUAGGUUAAUUUUCUGUAAGCUUGACGUUUGAGAUCUAAAUUGUUUAGUUCAGUCGCUCAUUGAGUGUACAAUCUUUCCCCGCAAACUAAACAUUGGCGCUUAUUUUGAGCACAAGAACACAUACGUGACUCAGACAGGGGGUGGAGAAAUCCACGUAGGAGUGUCCCGAGCCCUCCUAAACAGAAAAGCCCUUGUGAAGACCCUCACAUUAGGGGGUUCUCUUUUUUACCACGUGACCCUGUAUCCAAGGAUAGCCCAAACUUGAGCAGUGCCGAACGUUUUCAGCACGUCGCAAAGAAAAACGCAAAUGGAGAUACGUCUGUAAGUCAUUAAUAUUGUUCGAGUCUGGAAAUGACUUCAGGACAUUUCACGCGAAGAGAGUACAUGCAAAAAUGUCAAAGUUGGAGCGUUAAACUCAACUUUAAACCAUCAAACUCCUUUUGUUCGUGGAUUAAAAGAUUCUCAGGGGAAUCCUCUUAUCUAAGUCUGUAAAAGUCAAACAUUAACUUUGAGUUAAAGCUUUUAUACUGACUUAACUCACUGCAGUAGUUUGGAGACUUUACGUACGCUACGGAACAAUGUGUACCGGUGACCAGACGCGAUCAUUCGGGAUGCUCCGGAACUGCCGCCGGAGACACGUUUAGCCAAGAUGAAUUGUUAGUGCAGGUUCUGACAUGAGAUGAGACCAAAACCACUGACAGCGGUGACUAAUAAGCAGUCUGUGGAGGCACUUUCUAACCAGAAUUGAAUUUGAGAAUGAGGAACAAGUAUGCAAUUAUCAUUAUCUCCAUUGUGGCGCUUGUCGUCAUCGAAAAGGAAAACAACAUUAUUUCAAGGGUUUCAGAUAAGCUCACACUUCACAGAACAAUGCAGACGCCUGAGACGCCGGUCUCAAGUUCUUUUGUGCUUAUGGAUGACAACAGCUCCUAUCCAGAUGAGAUUUAUACCGAGAAUGGCACUCAGAUUUUAAGGGCCAGCCAGAAAGGCAAAAAGCACAUCCUGUUGAUGGCUACAACUCGCACGGGAUCCUCCUUUGUGGGCGAGUUAUUCAACCAACAGGGCGCCAAUAUGUUUUACCUCUUUGAGCCGCUUUGGCAUGUGGAGAGGAUGCUAUCGUUGGGCACAGGCGGCACAAACACCAGCACAUCUGUGUGGGUGUACAGGGAUGUCCUGAAACAUCUCUUCUUGUGCGACUUCUCUCUUUUGGAGAGUUUCAUCAGCCCCCCUCCCCGGGACCACGUCACCCAUGCCCUGUUCCGCAGGGAGUCCAGCGUGGCCCUGUGUGAGGAAGGGGUCUGCACCCCAGUGGUAAAACACGUUUUUGAGAGGUACCAUUGCAAGACGAGACGGUGCGGGCCGCUUAAUCUGACCUUGGCGUCUGAGGCCUGCCAGGGAAAAAAACACAGGGUUAUCAAAACCGUUAGGGUCCAACAACUAGACACUCUUCGUUCUCUAGUAGAGGACCCGCAACUGGAUGUCAGACUCAUACAGCUGGUAAGGGACCCUCGGGCCAUCCUGGCAUCAAGGAUGGUGGCUUUUGCCAAUAAGUACCAGAACUGGAAAAGUUGGGCUGUGAAUGGAGAAGUACCUGUUGAGGACGAGGAGGUGAAACGACUGGAGGGAAACUGUAACAACAUCCGCAUGUCUGCCGAGCUGGGCUUGAGUCAGCCUGAAUGGUUAAAGAACCGUUACAUGUUAGUGCGUUACGAGGACAUCGCCAGGUACCCCAUGCAGAAAGCAGUGGAAAUGUACAAUUUCACAGGGAUUCCAUUUACAACACAAGCAAGGGACUGGAUCCUUAAGAAUACGCACACGUCGGCGGAGGCCAGCGGCGUUUAUUCCACCCAAAAAAACUCUUCCGAACAGGUGGAGAAAUGGCGCCUGCGUAUCCCUUUCAAACUGGCCCAAGUCGUACAAGAAGUUUGUGGACCGACCAUGAAACUUUUUGGCUAUAGGUUUGUAGAAAAUGAACAGACAUUGGUAAACAAAACUUUUAGUUUGCUUGAAGAGAAGGAAUUUACUUUUUCAUAAAAACAUUUUUAACGCUUUUUCAUGUUUAUGUCUAGAGUGAAAUGUGACCAGGUUUUCUGUAUCUACACUGGGAUGUUGGUUAUACUGAUCUGCUUGUGACAUCUGUCACUUGGUUUAACUGAAUGCAAGAGCCUUUAACCUUAAAAAAUGAUUGGUUUAAGAUGUCUUCAUCUGAUAAAACCUUUGCUGUAACGUUAGGGCAAAAAUCCUCGAUACUCAUGUGAUGAGAAAGUAAGUGGUCUGAGUUUAGUGGCUGUACGUGUAUGAGUGUAGGUUGUGAGGACCAAUUGUUUGAACAUGUCUUUACAAAGAUGAAAAACAUACACAAAAAACUGACGUCAUUCUACCUAUUUAAAAAAAGACUAAUUAUGUUUUGUGUUUGUGUCAAGGUUAAGUUUAGGGAAUAGAAAAUAGCAAUCGCCUGGAUUGAAUCUUGUGUGUAUGUGUCUGAACAGCAUUUCCUUUUCUCUAAACAUGAACGGAUAAUGUUAUCUAAAGAAAU